AAAUGGUGGACUGUUCCCUAAAAAUCUUCAUUUUCACUCAAAAAACUAGGGUUUUCAUCUAAAUCCGAAAACAAAUCUUUUCACUAAUGUUCAGAAAAACUAAAUCGAAGAGUAAUCUCCACCUUGGGAGCAGAGACUCUCUUGAUUCAACAGGAACAAACGCGUCACUUCGUGUCAGCACAAGUGCAGAGAACUUGUCAUCAACUCGGGAGAUGCUCCUGGAAGGUCGUCCAGGAUCCAUCAACAGAAUAGUCCAGUAUCAUGUGGGUUACAUGGGUAUGGUGCUGGAUGUGAGUCUGGUGGAAAUGUCCAAGAAAGAUACAGAAGUACAACUUAUUGACAAAGUAGAAGAUGCACAGCUCGAAGGCAAAGUUCGGCUCGUGCUGAAAGAAGAAGAUAUGGUCAACUUAACGAUAUCGAAACACGGAAUAAAGGUCAAAGACCCAAGAACUGAGGAGGUUUUCCAGCGACAUCCCUUACAGAAAGUAGCGCAGCUGAUCCACUAUCAAGAUGGGCUUGGUAAACACAACUUAGCACUGAAAAUAAGUCAAGUCGGGAAAACCAUGAGCAGUUGCUAUGUAUUUCAGUGUAAAAAUGAGGAUCAAGCUCAGAGGAUCUGCCAAAGUUUAAACACGAUAUUCGACACAGUAUCACAAAAGUCUUGAGAGUCACUUUUCACCCGAAUCUUCUGAGCUAUCAUCUAUAACCCGUGUCUCCCAUGCAGAGAACUACUCUUAGAGUCUGAACAGAUAUAAAUGAAGAACACAUGCAACACAUGCAUUUUCAAAUUAAAAUCAAGGUGUAUUUGCAUUUUAGAGACGGGUACGAUGUCACUGCAUGUUGUCUGCACAUCACUGACCUGGUUUAUAGUUCUUAAGAGAAAAUCUUCAUUGUCAGGGUUUCCACUAGGAUUAAAAAGAAUUUGUCUUUUCUUAAAAAGAGUGGAUGGAAAUUUCUGAACAAAUUUUUAUCGGCAAACGGAACGCAUUGCCCCCUUCUUAGAAACCCUUGGUCCUUUUCCUCUGGUAGAAAUAUUUGAGUAGCAUACCUUCAGGUUUAUGGCUCAGCUGAUUUGGGUAAAAUGGAGAACGAGAACUACACUAUCACUUAAAGGGGGACUAUAGGCAGGGGCUAGGGGGUCAAACUGUUGGUCUCCAGGUGACCAGUGCAUGGUUAGGGUUGUGGGGCUUGUUUGACUUUGAGACAAGGAGGCCUUGUAAGAGUGUGAAUAGUAAUGAGAAGCUGUGAGAUAUAAGACACACACUGGUCACUUUUCAAUAAAUAAGCUGUUGAACAUGGUGCCUGCCUACAGUCUCACUUUUUAGGAAACAUUUGCAAAUGUAGAUAUCUUUUACAAGUAUCAAAGAUAUCUUGUUCAAGUCCACAACCGACCACAGCAUGUGGUUUUGAGCCGUCCAUUGGAUACAGGUUUUCAAAUGAGUGAAGACCUUUUUGUGCCUCUUUCUUAUCAUUUCUGAGUCCGUUGAAGUCUUGCAAAAGUAUGUAGUUACCAAUUAUUUUUUGCCCUGUCUGAUAUUUUACCAUGGUUACGCACAAUUCCAACUCCUACUGCCAUAGUGCUUGUAUUCUAUUUGCUGGUUCAUAGAACCAGUUCCGUAGUAACUUUUAAUACCCCCCUCCCCCCAGCUGAUUUAGUUCAGGCUAAUUGCCUGGAUACAGUUAGUAAAUUCUGUGAAAUAUUAAGAAUUCCGUGCAAGGUCGUGCAGGGUAUGCCCUUUCAGGCUUUAGUUGUUAAGGUCUGUAUUAUCAAGUAUGGAUUAAUCUAUACCCGGUACCUGGUAUUAUCCUUUGGAUUCAGUUCGUUAGUUUUUGUCAGCAUCUUGCAUGUAGAAGUUUAUUGUUUGAACAACACACUAAAGAAUGAUGUUUGCAACACACUAAAGAAUGAUGUUUGCAGGUAUACCUGUGUAUCAUUAUGUAUUUUAUUGUUUAAGACACUAUUUUUAUGGUAAUUUUCAUAUUGAUGGACAAUAAAGCCAAUUGUUCGCA